AUGCGUUUUGACAAGUUCAGGGCAGUGAUGGGCAAAGCGAUUACGUCAUUUUUGCUGAACACGAUGUGGCUUCUUCUUUGUUUCACGUUGAAAGACUGUACUGUGUCCAAAUGCGUGAUCUGGUCCCAAGCGUCGAUGGCAAGUCAAGUGAUAAAAAGGAACGCUGGUACUGUGCUGGCUACAUGGCCACGAGCUGAAAGCACGGAACAGAUCCCGACUAGAUGCCAUGCAAGACUUGAGCCGAUCAAGGAAGUCGGAGUCAGUUCUUGA